GGUGGAUGUACCUUACGGAUUUUGAUUUAAAUAUGGGUUCCGGCUCGACGGAAUAACCUUGCCGAAGUCUGUGUGGUACAGCCUACAUAAGUUCGUUUUAUCUGCGAAUAAAGCAAGUAUUUUUCGGUUGCUAGGUUGGAAUUACGAGCUUUCGACGUGUGUUGUGUUGGAGAUUCUCCACCGCCGUGCGCGAUAGCGGCGCUCAGAAACGCAGCUUGAGCGGUGACGCGUCUGAGGAAAUAAGAUAGGAAGUACCUUGAAGGUUAUUUUGAUUCAUUUCUGGUGAAGAUCAACAGACUGCAGCACAACUGAGGGUGUAGGCCGUGGCGGCACAAUGUGCAAAUGUCGGCCAUGUGCUUGAACUUGAAGUUCAGAGCGCAGACAAAGCUGCUUGCUGUAGGACCACCCUCGUGAAGAUCAAGAUCCUCUGCAAGGUCGUGGUCAUCGAGGACCCUGAUCCUCUGCAAGGGCCUGGUCCAGCCUCGUAAUCCACCAAGCCUGGUGCAAAAUCAAAAAAGAUCCGCCACUAGCGCCCUGCUGGAGGUGCCAAGCGACCACGAACUUCGACUCAGAAGAAGUUGUUUCUCGAUCAGCGUGGCUGUCUGCUCGGGGACGUGCAUUUAUCACCUUGCUGCGCUGGGUCUAGUCCGGAUAGAUACAACAAGAUGAACAAUCCGUCGCAGACACUGUUGCCGGCCAGCGGCGGCACGACGACUAUCCGGCAGAGAAAUCAUCUGGUGAUAGUACCUUCGUACAUGACGAGGCUUUAUUUCGGUGCGAAAGUCUUUCUUGCAGAUCGGGCUAGAACAAACUGCAUCUUGAUGCACACUGGGCUGAGUAUCUAUGUCUAAAUCUAACGCCUACUACUUGCCGAGAGCUGACCCGCUCGCAAUUUUUUUUGCCGCCAUCAGAACUUACUAAACGCUCUCGAUCAUGUCUUCAUGGCUAUGUCAUUAUUUGGGAUGAUUUUUCAUCGGGAUGAACGCGCAGUACGGGGGGGCCACGAAUGCUCGGAACGCCCACGACCCAUACAAAUCAGGACCCAAGUCACGACUGUUGGGAUUGGCGUUAAUGAUUGGGGUUCCUUGGUCCUUCUUCCUUCUGACCGGGAUCCUCUUCGCAUUUGUUUACCACUGGUACGUCGUAUGAAAGUGCUGGACAGCUCUGUCCCCCUCAUCCGUUGUACUGCAAAGUCCUCCAAGUUACAUUGAGGCCUGUGGUUGUGCCUGUCUUCUGGCCGCGUCUACGGAAAUAGGAGAAACUUCGAAAGCCCGAACAGGAGGCGCGCAGCCAGACCAGAAGUUUGUCACGACGCUGAAGCAAUACGGACCUUCAGUGUGUGGUUGUUGAUGGUGCUCAUGCCUUCUCGCUAAGGGUCGGGGGACAAGAAGCAAAAAUAGAACUGCGAAUGAGGGGGACGAGGGCUUGUCCACUAUCAUACGUUUCCAUGGUAUGGCUGCUGGUGUCCUUCCUACUCUUCGUGAGCGUCCUCUUCAUCAUGGUUGACUACCGCAACAAAACCGGAGGAAGAUGGUAGGAUCCGUGUUUAUUCUUGCCGAUGUGCUAUGAAUCAUUCCCACUAGGUGAAAUUAUAGUGGAUGUUCUUCAUAGUUCGAUCGAUCUCAUGGGUAAGGAAUACCAUAGCUUCCUCCUCGUCUCACUGAGGAGGUAGCGUCUGUCUUUUUUCUGUCUUGGCUCAAGCCUACUUGAAAUUGACGUCUGGCUCAAGCCAAGGUAUGAGCGUUGGACUUAGUUUGUCCACCACCCUCCCCAGAACUCCUUUUCAGCUCAAUAAAAAUAAAAUUUUGAAUUUUCGCGGAUUUCUGCGGAGUUUCGCCGUUUAUUUUUACGGCUCUCCCACCACCAUCCCCUUACACCACCUCCAAUGUGGCUCAAGGAAAUUCCAAAAUCGAAAAUGUUUUGUUAAGCAUUUCGACCUCCGUUUUAUUUUUAAUUUGUUUUCAAAUAGAAAUAAAAUUUUGAAAUUUCGCGGCUUCUUUCUCCAAAUUGGAGCCUUACUGCGAUUUUUCGUCUCAAGUCUGCGCUUUCGUUACAAUGGAUAUCAUAACGUGACGAAGUCUGCGCUUCGUCUUGCUUUGGAUACUGACUUGACUUGAUCCUAUACUAUCGGGCUGAGAACUCGAAGGCGUAUAGCGUACAAAGCCACGGCUUUAAGCUCGAGCAGACCAGAUCUGCUUCAGCCACACAUGGUGACGUGCUCUUGCGCGCACCCGAUCACUUACACUUUUUUUAGGAGUUUGUAAUGCUUUUUCGAAAGAGAUUUCAAGCACUACCCACUCCCCGUGUUGUUGAUUUGGCAAAGCCAAAACGAGCUGCGCGCAACAUUUCUUAGUCCAUGUAAACAUGGCUCUCUACAUGAAUGGAUCCACGAAGCAGCGAAGAGAGAAUGCAGCAGUGCAGGCGUGUUUGAUGGUUCGUGUUCCUGAGGAGAUCAACUCUGAAGAAAGUGUUUAUAUUUGGAAUAUAGUGGAUGUUCUUCAUAGUUCGAUCGAUCUCAUGGGUAAGGAAUGCCAUAGCUUCCUCCUCGUCUCACUGAGGAGGUAGCGUCUGUCUUUUUCUGCCCACCCUGAUUCGAACUUGAGCUUCAACUUCUCCCACCCUCAGGACACGCUGCUUACACAGCGCUAAAUGAUUUUGUUUUUACAAAAGCGUACUUGUCGAGAUGUCCGCACGAUCUUCAGUGUCGUCUGUUAAUUUUGAUCACGCCUCUGAUUCUAGUGGUCUUGUGCACCCAAGGACGUCGCGAGUAUCGCGGGCGGAAGCUUUAGACUCAGCAUCGCUUCCACAUAAAGCUCUUUUCUGGCAAAUGCUUAAAGUAGACGUGUGCACCGACAACCACUAUAGCUUAAACGCGUCUUCUAAUAAUAUUUUCCACCACGACGAAACGCCGGGAGUCGCGGGCGACGCUUUCAACUCCGAUUUGUUGGAGGGAAGGUGCGACCGAGUGGAUCCAAUCGGACACGUUAAUAGUCGAGACUGCUGGGACGACUACGCUUUCAAAAGCGCGGACCAGGAGGACAUUGGUUAUUUAGGUGCGAACUUGCGGGACUUGGAAAAGUACCCGCAGACAAUCGCGUCCGCGCAGAGCUUGGAGCAGUUCCGGAACGUCAACCGAAUUGGAAAAGCGGUGGACAUCAUCGGGCAGUCGCCGACGUACGAAAUCCGCGGGCCACACGGAGUCCACCAGGAAAAUAUCGUGGAACGUCGAUUGAUUUCAACGUGUUUCAUUUACGUCAUUGGCUACUUCUUCGUGGCCCGGCGCGGAGACAAACGUAACGCGGCGACGCACGCCGCAUCGGAGCAUCUGCGUACGCAGGAGGACGACCAGUGCCUCGUCGCAGCAAUCACAACUAUCACGAUUAGGGAUUUCACCCGUCUGCAGUUGAUAGCGUUUCUUAACGAUUUCCGCUGCGCCGGGAAUUUAGUAAAAACCUUCUUCCAGAAGUGGGUGCUCGGUGAGCUGCACGACGCAACCGCAGACCACGAACUAGCCGCACCCAGUGGGUGCAGAGAAGUGCUGUUCGAGACCUACCGCCCCUGGGACUACACCGAGGAUAUCAAUUUAAUCCAGGGCCAGUUGUUUCCCGCCCAACUCGACCCACCACCGAACUCAAUCCCACUCAGCACUCUGCGUCGUCGAUUGGAAGUAUCCUUGCGGUACCAAAGGCAACUAGUUACUGUUCCCUGCCCUUUCGGUUAUUCUAGGUGGGGGGAGUAUUUCGGGUUGGACGGACGGGCCAACCGACGACCAAUUGAGCUUGCCGCAGGAGAACUAGGCUUCGCGGAAGCAGCUUCGAUUGGAAUCGGGUUUGACCGCCACCCAGACGGCAAACCAAGAGCAAUCUUCUUCCCGCGAACACAAUUGCGACACGAGUUCCAGCACUGGCCAAGGUGGGGACACCCAAGACGGUUCUGGAACAGGUUGGUCCAGAUCUUAGGUGACGACGCGGACAAUUUUGACAUCCUCGGUAACCACCUGAUCGACCUGCGAUUGAAUUCUGACCCCCGCCCUCCGUCUCCGGCGUUCUGCUGGCGCAAACGACACAACGACGUGGAUGGAUAUGCUGAAGCAACACCAGGCGGCGUCAGCACCGCAUCGCCCAUCACCGGCAGUAGCCCAGUAUUUGGAACGCAAACAGCAACAGGAGGAACUGCUUCUCCAGCGGCAAGAAACUGAUCGGAAACAAUUACAAAUGGAGAAGGAUAUAGCGAGUAGACCUUUCUACCGCCCGGCUCCGUUCGAUCAGUCGCGGGUCAAGCGACCGCGAUCCUUUUCUUCCGCCAGUGGGAGCAUGCUCUCGCAGCCAGUAGAGGACUCAGAUUUUGACGAAUCGCAGUUGGGGUCACCGGUGAUGCGCCAGGAUGUCGCCCAAGCCUGGUCCUCAAUUACUUCGUCGCUAUUGGACUCAAGCAAGCCUUUUUGGGAAGCUGAGCCAUUGACAAACGGCGAGGAGACGCGAGACAUGUUGAAGCAAAAGUAUAAAAAGCCGCCGAAGAAAAAAGCUAAACUCGAAACAGCUGAUGAAUCGGAGGAGGAAGAGGAACGCGCAUUGCACGAGGUGGCAACUAAGCGCGGUCGACUGCGAAACAAAUUCGCACCAAAACAACAAGCAUCCUCUUCUUCUUCGUCGUCAUCUUCAGCGGGGCCGAGUAUGUUUGGGCCGGCACUAAAAUCCAGCUUCACUGGACCGGACUCGAUGAUAAUAGCUUUCUUCAACGCGAAGAAGGAGGUGAUCGAAAGACGCAGCCAUGUGGUGAUCUCGCACGGCGAAGACUACGGCAAGCCGGCCUACCUUUAUUUUAAAGGAGAGAAGGACGCAGUCUUAUCCGCGGAAGAGAAGCAGCAGUUGCAAGUAGUUCCGGAUUCCGUGGCGAAGCAGUAUUUCAAACACCAAAAUCCAUACUCUUGGAAAUUGGUGGACAAUUCGCCCAAGCGCAAGCCACUGCCAAGCUCGGAGUCACCGCCAAAACUACGAUUGCAGCCAGCUAUGCCCAGCACGAUCAAAGAUAAACUUUCGGACGUCAAGACUUCCAAUUUUUUCGCGAAGUUACCAGUCGUACCGGAGCAACGCCGUGUAGUAAAACCGGGAGCAGCAACCGGUGUCGACACGGACAGGCUGAAACAGCAUAACUUGUUCAAGCACGUGUGCGGGCACAUGGAGAAAGACGAGGACGAAGAGCAGCUGGAUCUCAGCAUCCGCAUCCCUGACCCGGAGGAAACUUACGACGAGAAAACAGCUUUGGAGAAAAUGGUGGAGAUUGUGAACGAAGACAAACCACAUCUCCAGGACCCUCCUCUGCGCCCUCUGUUAACUCCGGCGAUGGCUCUGCUCUCGGAGGAUGACUUCGUCAACAUGUUGUACAUUCCGAACGAGGACACACACCACUCGAAGAAAACGGGCGACAAGUACCGCGUGCAACUGAAAACGAGAUAUGUUCGGUUGCUGAUUGCUGUAGGUUUAUCACCGCAGCCGUCAGACCGUAGUUCCUACAGCAUGAGGCUUUGCGCGACGUAUUUUACAAAUUCAAAAUUACGGGCGGCAGCGCAAUCCAGGACCACGAACUACUCGCAUAUAAAAAUGCUCUUAUGCCGGCAUAAACAGUUCAGCUACGAGAUGGCGAUGGAGUAUUCGGGUCAUUUUAAAAUGCUUUCGCGGACGCAGCAACCCCCCGCCCAGAAAACGGGCAUCCGUUUAUCCCAUCUGCUGCUGAUCGCUCAAGCGGUGCAACGAUUCGGUAUUCCGUUCAUCGGCUCGACAAAGUUUUCAGGCGGAGUACGACCCGUGCGGUUUCUCCGCUUGAUGAUCAGUCUUUGGUUUUCAUUUUUACGUCUCGAUGACCUGGCGUCAACGCGUCGUCUUUCGAACGGCGAGUGCACCGAGUUCGCAACUUUUAGUAGUAAAACAAACAGUCGAGGCCUUCGACGCGAAGGAUUUAUUCUGGGGCGUUCGUGUAGUUACGCACCCCGCUCCACCCCGAUCGGGGAAGAUGAGGAAGGAAAAUUGGAGGUGAAGUUCUGCCCUACAUGCUGUAUAUCCACAGCGGAAUGGGUCAGGUUUCGCCGAUGGCCAAAACCACGACUGCGGGCGGCGCUCAAGGAAAUCCUUCAGACGACCGAUACUUGGAGUGAACUAGAAAGCUCGGACUUUGUUUCCGAAUUGGACGGCCUCGCCAGCGAUUCUUACGGGGGUCAUUCUCUCAGAAUCGGAGGGAUACAAAGUGCGUCAGAGGGUGGAAUGGAGAUCCGCGAUUUGCGGCGGAUGUGCAGACACGAAAGUGUUGAAACAGCGGACGCCUACAUCAACAUGAGUAGGAACUAUCCGGACUCGGUUAGCAUUUGGUGGCCGAGAUUGGUCCCGCAACACUUUGGUCCAACAUCUGCAUCCGCGGCGAUCAGGCUGGCAUCCUCCUCGCAGUUUGUAGCCAAGAAUUGGCGUUACAAAAAGUCAACACUUCCGAAUGACCGACGACGACCACCUCGCGCACUUUCAGACGCCUUUUUCGAGUUCCGAGACCCGGAAAAUGCAUUAGGAGAUGAGCCAGAACUCUUCUACUUCGAACAGCCGGCGCAACCGGAUUUGUGGUGAUGCGCUUUGAUGAAGAUUGAUAGAGCCUAUGACGUAUUUUUGCGCGCAUUUUAAAGCUCUGGCCAACUUCUAGCUCACAUUGCAAAUUCAGAAAUGAAGCAUCGCACAUCGUAGCUUUCUUCUUUAUUUUUUCUUUUUGAAAAAAUCAACGCUCAUUCAAAAAUCAAAAGAUUUUCUCAAUGAAAAAAUGUACAAAAAAGGAAAGUAAAUGGCCUUUCAAUCGAACAACAAAAGAACUUCGGCGAGAGACAAAAAAUUUUUGUUCGGAUCGUACACAAAUGAGGCUCUUCGUUCAUAGAAAGAAAACAAACCCCCGUGCUGUUGUGUGACCAACGUUUGGUGUCUGCGGUUGCUUUGCAACGUCUGCGUCCUCGCCAAACUGACCACAGGGCCCACCUUUUUGUUUUCCUAGCUUUUGGCCUUCUAUUUAGAGGCAGAAGAUACACAAGAUCGCAUUGGUACACCUGAUCAUUCCCUUUUAAUUUCGACACAAACAAGAAAAAAAUGGCAUUGGCACCCGGAGCUCUCGGUCCUGCUGCUCCUGGAGCAGCGGCCAUCGACGCCUUGAUGGCCCAACAGCAAGUCAACGCGGAAUUGGGUGUCGGAGUCCUAGACGGACCGCAGGCGGCUCUGCUCGCCGCGGAAGCCGAAAUUUGUGUCAAGAAAAUCAACGGUCGGGCUUUCCGCUAUUUUACGGAAUUACUCGCGAGCGAACGACUGCUGGACGGCCUCGGCCCGCUGUGCCCGUCCACUUGUUUGUGCGACAUGUCGGAAAUCUUAACGGUGCGCCGCGCGAUUGGGAUUUUCCAGAACAACGAACAGUACCUGCAGGCGUUGAACAUCGUCAGCGCGGCGUUGAUCCCGGAAAUGCCGGGCUUUCGCGGUAACAAGCGCACUUCGUCGGAGAACCAGGCGCAGUUGACCCCGAAACAGGUCUCGGAAGUGUUUUUCCGCGAAAUGCGCAAUGCCUUGACCUUGACCAACCUGCCGACUGUCGACGCCAACCCGCCGGAGACCCGCUACCAGCGCGCCUGCACGCUCUCGGUCACGACUACGUGGCGGAUCCAGUUCAUCACCGGGAUCCAGUUGGAAAAGCGCCUGCAAGGUAUUGACGAUGAUGCCGAUCCUAUCAAGAAGAAAAAAGGAGACCGUGGCGCUACUACUACGGGGGGUGCUGGCCGUAUUUGCAUUCCGUUCUUGCGCGGCAAGUGUAAGAAAAGUGCUUCGCAGUGCCCUCGUUUGCAUUCCGCUCCCGAAAAGCGCAUCCGUGCUGUCAAUCGAAUUUUUGCCAUCAAGAUUACGGAUGAGCAGAUCAAGAAGUUUUCCAACGGGAAGUAACCGGCUAGCAAUUUGUAUUGCAGCAGGUUAGGGGCUAGCAAUUUGCAUUGCAGCAAUUCCCGGCAGUAGUGCGCUUUUCCUUUUACGCUAGAUUCAGCCUCGUUUUAGUAACUUUUAUUACAAAACUUGUCGUGGAAAAAAUGUCUCCUUAGCAUCUCGGGCAAACUCUGGCUUUUCUUCAAACGUGCUUCGAAUGAUGAUUGUUGUGAGCAAGGAAUAACAUCCAUCGUACAACUCUCAGCUCCGCUCGUUCCGCUGAAUAGCCGCGCGUUUCGCCGCCGCUAAAACAUCUUCGUGCAAAUGUUUCGGUCCGAGAGCAACGGGAGUCGGUCUCCGCAUCUCUCCGAUUUGCAUCCGAGCUCGUCUUCGCCUCGCGGUCGUCGACCGGAAAAAACAGGAAAAUAAUGGAAAUGGGUCUUGGAUAAUACGGCAGCUCCUGCAUUGCUUUAUCCCAAUUUAAUAGCCAAAUCUAACAUUUUUCCCACUUUGCCUUUCCUUUUACUUCGUUAUCUUCCAGCCACGAUACUGACUUUUAUCCUAUACUAUCCUCUUAAAAAACCUGACGAGGUAAAAAAUAAAUUUACAAAUUGUUUUCUCCAAUAUGUCGUCGUCACAGAAUCAGAAAAAUGAUGCUGCAAGCAGCUCUAGCCAUCAAGGUACACCUGCAGGCCGCAGGGGGACGUCCGCGGAGCGCAGGAGUCCACGCAGAGACUUUUUCGGAAAUCUGAAAAGUCGUCAUGCUACUCCACCGCGCCGCAGUUCUCCGUCGCAGUCAGUCUUAAGUACUUCCCGAUCAAGUCGGGAUUCUCCGGGUUCGUCGAGUCCGUUUUCACCGACGAACCGGGCAAAAAGUGUUUCGAAGUUAGGUGCUUUUGCAUCAGCGAAAAGAAGCACGACACCGGAGAAAACAGCUACUCCUCGCUCCCUGACGCCGCCACCGUCGAAGCGCCAGAAAGCGGAGUCUACCGAUCUGAAACCGUUAAAAGUUUCAAAACUAGACCGGUAUAAAUCCCCAAGUACAAGGGGGAUUUUGAGAACAAGCACUACUACAGCGCCGGAGUGGCCACGCAGUGCCGCGGCAUCCACACCACCAAGGUCAGCCUCACCUCGAAGAAGUAAGGUUUCUUUUGCGGCAGCCCCACCUGACAUCCAUUCGGUUCCAGUGGAGGGAAACCUUCACCCUUUGCCGAGGUUGAAAACCGAGAGCACUUCGUCUUCGGAAGCACAGGCAAUGCCGCAAAUUCCGCCGUUGUCUUUCUCUUCGGGCUCAUCGGCCACACCAAGCGUCGACCAAUUUGAACUGCCACCCGCAAGGAAGCAUUCUCCUAUCCGACCGACAACUACACCUAAAAGUAAUGCGGAGUAUCGUGGUAUCUCGUCUCCACGGGCGAAGUCACAGGCGGAGCUCACCGCCAAAGACUUCCGCCAGCGAAUUUCUGUUGAUAAAAGUCGGCAGUUCGGCAUCGGAAUGGAGCAUGACAUCUAUGGCCAAGCAGCUGCGGAUGUCCAGAAGGAGUGCACAGUCGAGGAAUUGAAAGAGAAGAACCGCAUUAAAACGCGGGAAGUGCUCAAUUUUCACCACGCGUUGCAAGCUCCGGAAGCCAUGGUCCACAAGGACAUCAGGCCGCACCUGCAGAAACACUAUGAAAAGAAAAAUUUCUUGUUCAUGAGUAAAACGCUGAGCGCAGCAAUCGAUAAUUGCGGGGCGGUACGCAGCGACCGCGUCAACGAAAUCUUGAAGAAUAUCGAUCACCUUCGCAACGGUUUUUUAGCCGGCGAUGGGUACACUCCGCCUUGCGGAUUUUGGUCCAAGCUGGAUGACGAUGAGGUGCAAGAGCAGCUGCUUGAGGCUUUGUCCACGCCAAUCAAACACUAUCCUGAUCCUCCACGCACCCAUUGGGCGGGAGAAAAGGAAGUUCGGGCGAUGUGGGAGGACGCCUUGGUUUUUGAGCAGAAAGGCCUGUAUACGUUCCGCGACCACAAGGACCUGCAGAAGCGAAAGGUGGAUUACACCGCGGCAAAAUGCUUCCCCGUCUACAAAUCCAAAGACGCGCAGGGUCGGCCGGCCGAUCCCAGUGAGAGGCCACGACCCUGCAUAGAUCUGAGGAAAAAGAAUUGUAGACAGUUGGCCCAAGAGAAGAUGAGGCUGAUCGGAGCAAGAAGCUCCGUUCAACUGGUGGAAAGGUGUUUAUCAACUUGUGUUGAAAACCCAUCCCAUUUUCAGUGGAAGGUUGACAUCAAAGAAGACAUCGCGACGGAACAAGAGAUCAAGCAAAGUUUUGACAUCCAUCGCAAAGUCCUGCGAGAGUCUUUUCGCCGAAAAACCACGGAACGCAUUAAGCCGGGCUACUCCUUCUGUCCCAAACAAUUUGCCAAGGAUCUCAAAAAAUUUUAUAACCAGUGCGGUAUUGAUUCUGAGAUGCGCAAGUCAUUGUUUGUGGAUGCCGGUUCCGGAGACGCUUACCAAGGAGGAGAUCGCGUCCUCGCCGGCUGCGGCAGCAAUCCAAAAAAUGCGGGACAACCGGGCGAAACAACGACAAAAGUCGUCAUCUUCUUCAUCCAAAGCGUCUCCUCCUGCUCCCAGAAACUCACCGCGAGGCAGCGACGACGAGGAAGUCGAGAGGGGCUUUGUCCUCUUUUCAGCAAUUUGUGCUUUGUUCGGAAGCCUCGCCAGCGUCCACCAAUGCGUCUCGCUUAGCGAGAUCAUGCAGCUCGUUUUUACGGGUUAUCUCCAAGUCUGUGCUACCGUCUUCAUAGACGAUAUACAUGGAAACUCGAGAGGAGAAUUGGUGGAGCAAGAUAGUCAGCUGAUCGACCUCUGGUUAGAUCUGAGCGGAUGGGAACAAUCGGAGCACAAGAAAGAAAGCCACCAAUUCCAGAAGCUGCUUGUUGCGCUCGGAGUUGGCUACGAGCUUGAUUUCAAGGCGCAAACAAUUUUUAUUGUGGUGCCAGAGCAGAAAGUCGCUAAACUUCUCGGGCUGCGUGACAGGUUCGUUCAAGAAGAGCAAGACAAUGCCAUACAACUUCGCACCCUGCAAAGUUUUACUGGCUUGCUCCGCCACAUAAUUCAACUUUCGCCACAUUUGGCGUAUUUAGCACGUGGCUUCAAUACCUGGGCCAGUGAGUUGGAUUUUGCGCGCCAAAUCAAGCACAAGCGCAACAAGAGGCAAUUGAAGAAGCUUGUCGUCACUGCAGCUGCAAUUGGAAGUAGUGUCCGACCAAUUCCGUUGAACAAGCAAACAGUGGGCCGCCAACUUUGCCAUUUGUACAUCGACGCGAGUGGUAGUAAUCUGGAUCAAGCGGCAAAGCGACUGUGGGGUGGCCAGUUCGACAAACUUGACGAAUUUGACAUGCGGGCUGGAGGUGUGCUUUUUGCACACGACAACACAGUUACCGCUUGGCACUGCAAGCUCACGGAAAUUCCUAAAGAUCUUUUGAAAGAUCUUGUCAUGGCGGGGGAUCGAGGCAGUUUCAACAUAGCUGUCCUCGAGGUCUUCGCAGCCAGGUGUUCAUUAGAAAUUUUCCGCAAGCAAAUUGCGGGAAAAAGAACAAUAGUUCACUGCGACAAUGUGGCAGGAGUUUUUUGUUUGGGUCGCAACAAUUCAAAAAGCUGGUUGAUCCAACGUAUCUCAACCAGUUUCCAUCUGCUUGCGAGACAGAUGGAUGUUUCUUUUUACUGGUGCUGGUUAGCAUCUGCUCAAAAUGUGGCAGACGUUUUAACCAGAAAAUCAAGGAUGCCGAUUUUGUUAGAAGCUUUUCCGAAUGCUGUGCAGGUGGAAGCCAGCUCCGACCAGCUGCAAUCACGCCACUUGUGGGGCAUCCCGAAAGUUUUAGGAGACCUUUUUAAUGUAGAAGAACCUAUUAAGGUGACUCUUCCAGCGUUGUAAUUAUGCAGAAGAGUCACAAAUGGCUGUAUGUUUUGUUUUCCUGUUUUGUAAAUUUUUUUUUACUUAGUCAGGUUUUUUCUUUCACUACAUACGGCGUUAUAGCGUACAAAGCCACGGCUUUAAGCUCGAGCAGACCAGAUCUGCUUCAACCACACAUGGCGACGCGCUCUUGCGCGCACCCGAUGGAUCACUUACACUUUUUUUAGGAGUUUGUAAUGCUUUUUCGAAAGAGAUUUCAAGCACUACCCACUCCCCGCGUUGUUGAUUUGGCAAAGCCAAAACGAGCUGUGCGCAACAUUUCUUAGUCCAUGUAAACAUGGUUCUCUACAUGAAUGGAUCCACGAAGCAGCGAAGAGAGAAUGCAGCAGUGCAGGCGUGUUUGAUGGUUCGUGUUCCUGAGGAGAUCAACUCUGAAGAAAGUGUUUAUAUUUGGAAUAUAGCUUUGCUGACCACGCGGACGCGGCCACAAAAUUAGGGCUGCGACGCUCGUAGUACUAGAGUGCGAAGUUGAUCUUUAUUUUUUUCGAUCUCAGGACGAUGUACAUCUACAUCUACAUGCGAAAAUAAGCAUCUGGCAAUUACUUGAUAAGGAAGCACAUAGUACGUAUAGAGCCUUACUGGUGCAAAUCACUUGAGGUACAUGAAACUGGGCUUACUCUCCGUUGUGUCCGUGGUUUUGGGAGUGUUUGCGUCGCUGUACAGCUAUCACCAUUACUUCAACAACUACUGGUCCUACAAAGAAAAUAGCGAAUACAUAAACGUCCUACCCUCGGAGCCGGCCUCUGCCCAUUCCGACGCGGGAAAGAUACUCUUCACGCUGGAUUCUACGCAUUGCAAAUAUGUGUGGGUCUCGAACACUGCAACGUGUCACACUCAGUCUGGAUCGCACAAAAAUCUGCGUUGCAUAAGCUCCUAAAGAAAUUUCGCACUUAUUGCAAUGCAGAGGGCGAAGUUGUCAUGUGUUAUAGGCAUUAAGGAUUGGAAGUUGUCAUGUGUUAUAUUUGGAUUUUACAUUGCAAUAUAGGCAUUAAGCCGCUUGCGCAAAAUCUCUAAUGCUUCCGUGUGCAUUCUCUACGUGGCCCGCGAGAUGCAUGAGACACAAGCGCACUCUCCUAGACCCAAACAUUUUUGCAGCUGAUAGACUCGAAGGUGUGAUUACUAUAUUUUUCUUCGCAACAUCUACAUCUUGACGCAGGCUUUCUUCAGUCUCUCUGACAAUGAUUUGCUGGUUUUCGAUUGGAAAGCUCCACGUCCUUGAGGGCAUGUCCCCAUGAAGGUUCUGAAGAUAGAGGUGGAUGAAACAGCACCACACAAUUUCGUGCACGCAGGAAGUAGAAGGUGAAUAAUUAUAAUUUUAAUGAUGGAAAGGAAAAGCAUAGUCAGACAGAGACCCGCACGUCGGCAUGAAAUGCGAGUACUCGCUCGAUUUUAUCCUGACACUAGCAUAAUUCCUCCAGGUUGUUUUGGAGCGCACGCUUGGUUACCGCGCCAAGGACGUGUAUUGCGUGGCGCCGAUCAUGGAUUACGCCACUAG